AUGGCAUUGGAGAGAAAGAACUUCUUUAUCAUCAGGAAGCAUGAUAUUUCAGAGGAGAUAUUAAAAAGUAUAAAAGAUUUUUCGACUUCAAUUGGUGCAGGAAUAAUGCACUUUUAUCGGAAAAGUGGUUACGACUCGAGCUCUAUAAUAGAGGAACUGGAUAGGGAUCUCACUAGCAACAACAUCACGAGAAUAGAGGAAACGUCGUUGGCUCGUUACGCUCACCUAGAGGAACUUCCCCGAAUGGCGUGGCAAACGAUAAAAAAGACGGUAAUUCCGGGGACAGUCACCUUCUUAACAGACCUGCCCCAGACACAUUCCCCAAAGACGGUCCCUGCUUGA